AUGAGUGAAAAGAUAAAAGCAACAAGCAAAAAUGAAAAAUACGAUGAAUUGAUACUUACACAACAAGUUAACAUAAAAAAACUCGAGAAAGAAAUAUCCAUGUUGAAAAAAAACAUAGAACGAUACUCGGAGAGCUUGAGGAAGAGCAGAAAACGCAACGACGAAGUUAUUGGAGAAUUGUCUCUGUCUCGUUGUCGAUGCAAGCAAGCAUCGUUCAACAUAGACCAUGCCAUGAAAACACGCAAGGAAGAGUAUCGUAAAGAGAAAUAUUUCAAGAAAAUCAAAGAAUCGGAACCAACUGAUAAUCAAAAGUUUGCUAGAGCUCACUCUUCGCUCCUCGCCUCGGUUUUGGAAACCGAAAAAGCGUUUCAGGCGCUCACAGAGGAGCUGGAAUCAUUUGAUAAACAGCGCAUUGCGGAACUGCGCGCUGUGUUGCUUUCCUUCACAAAAAGCGAGCUCAACUAUCACUCGCACGCGUUAGAGUUGUACUCAAAAGGCUAUAAUAUGCUGCGAGAUGUCGAUGUGUCUGCAGCAUCAUCAAUGGUGGAAGUUCAAGACAGCAAAGCCUCUCUUGGUGACAGCAAAAUGGACAGUAGUGCUACAGGUAGCAUGGAGUAA